AUGCGUGAGAAUGACGACGGAGGGGAUAAAGAGAGAGCGCCAUCUAUUGAUGGGAGCCGAGAUAGACGGACAGACACCGACCAGAUGAGGUCUUUGAUGGAACUGGCAGUUAAGAUUGAUGAAGAGGAAGAAGAAGAAGAAGAAGGUGAGAGACGGACUUUCGAUGCGGCGCCGCCCGGCUCUGUUCUCCCCCUUCCCCACCAAUCAUAUCCCCAAGAUCGUCCACCAUUGACGAUCGCCAAGCCACUAGACGCGAUUCGGCAGGUUGUGCCGGAGGAUCAGCUGGUCGGCAGGGCUUAUCGUGUUAUGGGGAUAGCUUCAUGCACGGGGAAGCUGCCAUCUACCGACCCUACGAUAGCCGAGUGA